AUGAGCUCCUCUACCAAGCUUCCAUCAGAAUCAUCAUCUGGAAGAGUCUUUCCCAAGGGCAACGGACUCCAGGAACUUAUCCUUGAUCCCAAGAACACAGUCAGGAAAUACAUCGAGAACAGCAUGGCGCAGAACGAUCACAACAAGUACGAGGCUCAGGGUCAUCAGGCCGGGCCUCACGCUCAGGACCUCUCAUCCUUGGUCCCGAACUACAACGCUCCGGAUACCCGAAGGCCCUCCAACAGUGGAGUGCAGUCUUUUGCUCCGUAUCCCAGCCCCGAGCUUCAAAACCCGGCGCUUGGUAGGACAAGCAGCCCUCCACAACCUGGCAACGCUCCUUUCCAGCCUCAGCCGCCCCAGCCUCCGCAACAGACCUACCCGUACCGCCCGGUGCCAGAGACUCCUGACAAGGGUCUAGUGGGACCUGCUCCGCCACCGGCCGAGCCUAGCAUCAGUGCAUUCCCAGCUCCUAGGCUGUACCACCGCAUGAUCACCGAGUACCAGACCAUCACGACCAUUUUUUACAUGGCCAAGUCUCAGCAAACCCACAAUGACCUCAGCCCCCUCGCCUCGCGGCUCAAGUACCUCGCCCGCGAGAUCUGGAACCUGCGCUACAGCCGCGCCGCCGAGUUCCCCUACAGCGCCGCCACGACCGAGGAGCGCGUGACGGAGUGGAAGGUGCAGUACGAGUACUGGGCCGACGUGCUCGAGGACCUGCUCGACCCGCGCUACGUCGCGCGUGCCGAGCUCGAGGAGAAGGAGCACGACUGGGCCGGUGUCGCCGGUCUGGCCACCGGUGCUGCCGCUGUCCCUCUCACCCGCGGCAAGAAGGCUGCUAAGGCUGCGGCACUCGCCGAUGACGACGACGACGAGGAGGCCCCCGCUGCCGCUCCUGUCGUGAAGAAGAAGGUGGCCAAGAAAGCUGCUGCUGCGGCGGAUGGAGAGGCCACCCCCGUGAAGAAGAAGGUCGCAAAGAAGACUGCUCCCGCAGCGGAGUAG